UCUGCACAUUGACCCCUGCACUCUCACCCGGAGACACUGACUGGCUCCCCUUGACCUCUGCACUCUGACCCCGGCAUGGUACUGGCGCUUCCAGCUGAGCAGGCGCCUCACUCUGAUGUCUGUCUCCCCAGGCGAUGAGGUGCGACUGCGGGUCGUCCUGGACUCCAUCCUCCAGCACGUCCACUCCGCACUGCUGCUCCACAAACUGGCUCGCGACGCCGCCACAGUCGGGGCCCCCCCUGAGGCCCCGGCUCACGGGCAGCGCCCUCUGCUGGUUGUGGCCUUGGAGCUGGGGGUCGAGGCAGCGCGAAGAACUCGGGGCUCCAGGAGCCAGAGACGCAAAGAGAUGGUGACCUGGCUGGCGGAGUGCGCUGCCCAGAACGGGCUGCCUGCUCUCCUCCUCCUGAUGCAGGACUGGGAGUCUCUCCUCACGCCUCAGGAGGCCGUGACCCUGCUGGUGCCUGGUGCCCUCUCCACAGGGCCGGGGCUCAGCCCGGGUGAGCUCAGCCAGCUGGCAGGCUGCGCAAGAACGGUGGCGCUGGAGUGCCUGGCGUGGGACCCCCUGACCUGCACGCUGCCCUCCCUCACGCUGUGCCAGGGCGACGCCACUGCCCUGGACGCCGCCUACCGCAUCGUGGUGGGAGCAGAGGAGGGAGAGGACAGAAAGCCGAGGUCAGACGGCUGA